AAAUUGUGUACUGUUUUAGUGAGAAAGGAUUUUAUUGUAGUCUGUCGAACGUUUGGACUUUUAUUGUGAAAGCACGUGUAUACGGCUACCGGAAAAAAUACGCGCCUAACUCCAUAAUGUGGUUGGACCAUCUAUAGAGUUAGUACAGUGGUGUUACCUUAAGCACUGGCUUAACAUUGAUAUUAACCUGUGGACAAAUUUACCUGUUCGCCAAAAUCUGCAUUGCAAGGUAACAUAUUGUUGGUUGUCGUCGUCAGGACUGCUAGCGUUGACUUAGCGUCGUCGCAAGCAACUCUGCCGCUGGUUCCGAAUACAUCGAGCAGCAUGGAUCUUGAAGUUGGUCCACAGAGUCUGGAUCACCAGACCGCAACACCAGCCCAGUACCCCAAAUACAAGAGGAAUUUGAGGAGUCUAAAUUUGCUGACCAUGAAGUUUGUUAGAUUACUGCAAGAAGCUGAAGACGGUGUGCUGGACCUCAAAGAUGCUGUCAGGGUCCUGGCUGUCAGACAGAGAAGGCGAAUCUAUGACAUCACAAAUGUGCUGGAGGGCAUUGGUCUGAUUGUGAAAAUAUAUAAGAACCUUGUUAAGGGCCCGAGACCAGGAGAAAAUGCACACAAAUUAACCAACAGACUGACAGAGUUAAAGGCUGAGCUGCAGGACUUGGAGCGGAAGGAAAAUAUGUUGGACCAACAGAGACUCUGGGUCCAACAGAGCAUCAGGAACACAACAGAAGAAUGCAACAAUCUGACCUAUGUGAAUCAUGAAGAUAUCUGCAACUGCUUCAGUGGCAAGACACUCCUGGUAGUGCGAGGGCCAGUUGGCACACAACUAGAUGUUCCCAUUCCCAAAGCUGUCCUGAACAGCCCAGUAACAUAUCAGAUCCAUCUGAAAAGCAUCAGUGGGCCCAUAGAAGUCAUACUUCUUAACAAACGUUCUGUCAGCUCUGUUCCAGUUGUACUACCAGUCCCACCACCAGAAGAAGUUUUACGGAAUGCUAAAUUAGCCAUGUCUACUUCAGAUGAGACAGGUGGCAGUGCUGCACAUUGUCAGACUUCAACUAAUACCAAACAUAGUGCUACAUGGAGACAGAAAGUCAUGGAUGACAUGCAGUCUCUUCAUGCAUCAUCAUAUAUAAACACAGAGCCUAACAGAGCUGCUGCAUCUAAAUUUCCAGAUUUAUCAAAAGAACUGAGGAGCCUACUAGACUCACCCAAAGAAAUAAUGAAUGCAGAUCUACUCUCACAGCUUAUGGCCUCUCAAGUUUUUUCUCCACUUCUCUGUCUGUCUCCACCCCUGUCUGAACAUGAAUAAAUCUAUAAUCUGGAUGAGAAUGAAGGCCUCUGACGUGUA